AGUGCAGUUUGUGAAGAGUGAAUAACACUAGUUCUCUUGCGAUGGCAAAAGCAGAGUAUUCAGAAACCGCAGAACCGAAUCAGAUCGGGCCUGAUUCAGAGUCGGAUUCGGAUCCGGAUGAUCAGCUGCCCAGUGUGGACGCGGGGACGGGAUUCGGUUCCGUCCGCCGGACUCAGGUGAUCCACAGCGGACACUUCAUGGUUUCUUCCCCACACAGCGACUCAGUCCGGAGGAGAAGCGCAGCUCUUUAUAAUUAUUAUGAUAAUUAUGAUUUCGACACUGCUAAUAAACCGGCCUGCCAGACCUACAGCUUCGGUCCGUUGAGCUCCAGACGGUUGAGCAUUGACCCGACUCUCACACGCCUGUUUGAGUGCAUGACACUGGCGUACAGUGGGAAACUUGUGUCUCCGAAGUGGAAAUCUUUCAAAGGUUUGAGGUUGCUGUGGAGGGAUAAAAUCCGUCUGAAUAACGGCAUAUGGAGGGCCUGGUUCAUUCAGUAUGUGGAGAAAAGGAAAAACCCUGUGUGUGGGUUCAUCACGCCGCUGGAGGGAUCAGAGGCAGAUGCACACGGCAAACCUGAAGCCAUUGUUCUGGAGGGAAGCUACUGGAAGAGACGGAUUGAGGUGGUGAUAAAAGAGUAUCACAAAUGGAGGAUUUACUAUAAGAAAAGACUUCAGAAGAACAAAGAUCUGCUCUCCAUGCUGCAGAAGAGUCCCAUCAGCCGGACGGGUCUGGAGAAAUGGAGCAGUCAGAUCUAUUCAGAGCCUGAAGCGGCAUCAGAGGAAGUCCACAUGUUUGACUUGGACUGCUUCCUGUCCGACAUCUCAGACACGCUGUUCACCAUGACCCAGAAACCCAGUGCCUGGAGUGCAGACCGCCAGAACACUUACACCAGUAAUGCAGACAUGAUCCAGCCUGGUCUGACACCACUGCAGCCCAGUCUUGAUGACCUGAUGGACAUACCGCCUCCUCUCUCAGCUGAAAGUUUACCCCAGCCUUCCUCCUCUGUAAACCUCCCCGUACCCACUUACCCACGCCACACCAUAAACCCCGACAUGACCUUCAACCCCAACACCGAAACCUCCGAUCCCAAGUUCAAAGGUCACCCAGAAUACAUGAGUGAUUUCCAGCACCCUCUGCACCUCUCGUCCGGCAUGCCUUCAUACGGCCAGCAGGGGGCGUUCAGCAACACAGAGAUGCCACAGGAAAACCCUUACCCAGCAGCCUGCCUCAGACCACGACACAGAUAUUCCUCCGGCCAAUCACGGACCUGCUCGGCUGCCACGCCCACCGUCAUCACCCACAAAGGCUCUACUAUAACCGUCCCGCCAGCAGACGCUCAGCUCGGGCACGGAUACUCCAGUGUUGGCGAAAUAUUUCCUCCGUCCUCCUGCAUGUCUGUAAACUACCAGCCGAUGCCCGCCGCUGGACUCCAUCACUGCUUCUCUGUGCCGCAGCAGGUGGGCGGAGCUACAGGCAGAGGGAAGCACAAACAGAAGAGCGGAGGAGCCCCAUUGGUUCCCAGAGUGAUGACGUCAUCCGUAACCCCACCCUCCCAGACCAGCUGCCUGGCCAAUCUGCUCUCGUCCAGAUCUCAAGAGCGAAAACCAUCAUUGAGUUUUGAUGCUCCUGCAACCGUGUCAAAGGGACAAAGAUCCACAUCACCCAUUCCUCCGCAGCCGAAGAGCAGCAGUCGGGAAGGAUCACAAAUUUCCCACAGUCUCCCCUGGGUCUCUGGUGUAAUCCCACCGCUGUCCCCGUUACACUGCCAGACACCACUGUCAGGCCACGGUCACAGCGUUUCCUCGCAGAGCAGCACCAUCUCUUCUCUUUUAACACAACAAACAGCGCUUCUCGUCCCCAAAACUGAGAAACUCUCCCCGGUGCAAAUGCACACCAGCGACAGGAGCAGUUUAACUGUUAGUUUUCCAGGAAGCAUGGGUCAGACAUCACCUACCAGUGCAGCUGAGAAAAGCCCAGAGUCAAAGUUGGAGUCCUCACGAACAGACACACGACGGAUCACACACAUCUCUGCCGAACAGAAGAGACGGUUCAACAUCAAGCUGGGGUUUGAUACGUUACACAGUCUGGUGACGACUCUGAGCUCACAGCCCAGUAUAAAGAUCAGUAAAGCCACGACUUUGCAGAAAACGGCAGAGUACAUCAGUAAGAUGCAGCAGGAGAGAGCACAGCUUCAUGAGGAGGCGCAGAGGCUGAGAGACCAGAUCCUGGCACUCAAUUCCGCCAUCAAUGUGUGUCAGCAGCAGCUCCCCGCUACAGGCGUUCCAAUAACACGGCAGAGGUUUGACCACAUGAGGGAGAAGUUCAGAGAAUAUGUGAGAGCUCAAACGCUGCAGAACUGGAAGUUCUGGAUUUUCAGCAUCAUCAUCGAGCCGCUGUUCGAGUCGUUUAACAGUAUGGUUUCCACAGCCAGUGUUGAUGAUCUGUGUCGCAGCACGCUCUCCUGGCUGGACCAGCACUGCUCUCUGCCUACACUCAGACCCACUGUUUUGAGUUCACUUCGUCUGCUCAGCACUUCCACAUCAAUCCUUUCAGACCCAAGUUUGGUUCCUGAACAAGCCGUCCAGGCAGUCACUCACGGACAUUCAUCGCACAGCUACAGCCAAUGACAGCACACGCUCUCAGAAUGACAGCCAAUCAAUAAACUUUGUCCCGUAGAUACAGCCAAUGACAGCACAUGCACUCAGAAUGACAGCA